AGACAAGAAUUACGCGUGAAAACACCAAUGAAAAUCAAGCGAAAAAUUGCUAAAUACAGCCAAGCGGUGCAUUAAAGUGCAAAGACCAACAACAGUAACAAGGCUAAAGCAACACCCAUCAGAGAAACAGCGCAGCUGAACCAAAAAAAAGAAAACUUUAGCUAAAAAAAACAUAAGUUCAAUUUAAAUUUAAAUCAAAAAGUAAUAAAACGUCAACGAAGAAAUUAAGAACAAGCCACCAACUGGAGAGAGAGAGCGGAAAACGGCGCGAACAGCUGUCAAGAGAAGAAGAAGAGCAAGCAGCAGCAAGAGACGACUCAACCAGGCAGCGAAAUCAACACAGUCUUAGGUCAACAAAUGGGAACCAAUUCGGGAGCCACCGCUGGCAUCAAUAAUAAGCCGGUUGGCGGUGCGGGUGCCGGCGUACUCGGCGGUGUCGGCGGUGCUAAUUCCUCAAUUGGCGGCGUCCUCUCCAACAGCUUGGGUGGAGGCGGCGGUCUAAGCAUCAGUGGCCUCAACUCUGGUGGACAGAACGCGAAUGUUGGCGGCCUGGUCACCGGCAUGGGCAGUGGCAACAACAUGAACGACGAUGGCGGCAACGGCAUGUCCGGCGGACCAAAUAAUCAGCAGGCCACCACGCCCCAAUACACAAUACCAGGCAUCUUGCAUUUCAUUCAGCACGAGUGGUCGCGAUUCGAGCUGGAGCGCUCACAGUGGGAUGUGGACAGGGCCGAGCUGCAGGCACGAAUUGCAAUGCUUUUGGGGGAGCGCAAAUGUUUGGAGAGUCUCAAAUCGGAUCUGACGAGGCGCAUCAAGAUGCUGGAGUAUGCCCUGCGCCAGGAACGGGCCAAGUUCUAUCGAUUAAAGUACGGCACCGAUCCGCCGCAGCUGAACGAGUUUAAGCCGACAAACGAGGAUUCAGGCCUGACCGGCGACGUGGCCACCGAUUCCGAAGUGCCCUACAGCUCUGUGUCGAACACCACGUGGCGGCAGGGUCGGCAAAUGUUGCGCCAAUAUCUGGCCGAGAUCGGCUACACAGACAACAUCAUCGAUGUGCGCUCGAACAGGGUACGCUCGAUCCUCGGCCUGAACAACAAUGCGGAGCACGAUGGCAGUGGCGGCGGUCUUGGCACCGGCGGCGAGAAUAUUAGUCCGAACAUCAAUGGCAACGAGAGCAACAAGCGGGCCUCGGACACGGAAGGCCGUCAUACUCCCGCUAAAAAACAAGUGCAACAAGCGUCCGAUGGAAUCAUCAUUGACACCGAGGCGGCGGUAAUGGCGAACUUUGAGUUCCUUGGCCCCACUGAGAUGUCCGAUGACGAUGAGAUAUCCGAUGAUCUGGAAAUGGUGGCCACCGACAGUGAUGACACGGACGUGAAGCUGGCCAAGCGGGCCAAAUCUGGCAAGGAUAUGCUGACUGAAGAUCUUGAGGCCGAGGUGGGAGAGCAGCUCUUGAACGAUAUGAAUCUUAUAAACGAAGAAGUGGACGGCUCAUUGGGACUGGGAGAGUUGGCCCAACUGACGGUGAAUAAUGAAUCGGAUGGAGCGUACGAUUCGAAUGCCAAGGAUGGUACUGGCGGCAGUGCCGGCGGUGCUGGUUACCGCAAGACCUGGAAUGCCAAGUAUACGCUACGCUCUCAUUUCGAUGGCGUUCGCUCGCUCAUUUUCCAUCCGGAGGAGCCAGUGCUGAUCACCGCCUCCGAGGAUCACACGCUCAAGCUGUGGAACCUACAGAAGACGGUGCAAGCCAAAAAGUCAGCUAGUCUCGAUGUGGAGCCUUUGUAUACGUUCCGCGCCCAUACGGGUCCCGUCUUGUGCCUGGGCAUGUCAACCAGUGGCGAGACAUGCUAUUCGGGGGGCCUCGAUGGUAACAUCGAGUGCUGGCAGCUGCCAUCGCCCAAUAUCGAUCCCUACGACUGCUACGAUCCGAAUGUACAUUCUAGCACUCUCGAGGGGCACACGGACGCCGUCUGGGGGCUAACGACAAUGCAGAAUAAUAUUGUAUCGUGCUCGGCCGAUGGCACUGUGAAGUUGUGGUCGCCCUACAAUAAGGACCCAAUGCUGCGUACCUAUACGGCUGCCGAGGCGGAGGGUGUUCCCUCGUCCGUGGACUUUGUCCGAAAUGAAGUGGAUCACAUUGUGGUGGCGUACAACAGUGCGCACUGUAUCAUCUACGAUACGGAAACGGGCAAGCAGGUGAUCAAGCUGGAGGCGGCACAGGAGAUGUCGGGCAAUACGGGGAAAUUCAUCAACAAGGUGGUUUCGCAUCCCACACUGCCCGUUACGAUCACGGCGCACGAGGAUCGGCAUAUUCGCUUCUGGGACAACACAUCGGGCACUCUCGUACACUCGAUGGUGGCGCAUCUGGAGCCGGUCACAUCCCUGGCCGUGGACGCACAUGGUCUGUACUUGCUAUCCGGGUCGCAUGAUUGCUCGAUACGGCUGUGGAAUCUGGACAAUAAAACAUGCGUGCAGGAGAUAACAGCGCAUCGCAAAAAGUUCGAUGAGAGCAUAUUCGAUGUGGCAUUCCAUGCCACCAAGCCGUAUAUAGCCAGUGCUGGGGCCGAUGGCCUGGCCAAGGUGUUUGUCUAAGAGACCGAGACCCCAAAUUCAGAGAAUCCAGAGAAUCCAGAAUCCAGAAUCCAUAGCCAGCAAGCAGCUCCACAAGCAAAGCGAUGACGAGUUCGAGUUAAAUAAUUAUACAUACAUUAUAUAUAUAUAUAUACUUAUACAUUUAAAUCUAAUUAUACCACACAAAAGAACAACCAACAACAACAAAUUAUGCAUAUACAUUAAAAAAAAAAAAAUU